AUGGAAAGCGAAAAGAAAUCAUCAUCGAUAUCUGAUGUGGGAGCAUGGGCCAUGAACGUUGUCAGCUCCGUCGGGAUUAUUAUGGCCAACAAACAGCUUAUGUCCAACAAUGGCUACGCUUUCAGCUUUGCCAGUUCGCUAACUGGGUUCCACUUUGCCGUAACUGCUCUUGUCGGUCUGGUGUCAAAUGCUACUGGUUACUCAGCGUCAAAGCAUGUUCCUAUGUGGGAGCUUAUUUGGUUCUCACUGGUUGCCAAUAUGUCUAUCACGGGGAUGAACUUUAGCCUCAUGCUCAACUCCGUUGGAUUCUACCAAAUAUCGAAACUGAGCAUGAUUCCUGUGGUUUGCGUGAUGGAAUGGAUACUUCACAAUAAGCACUACUCAAGGGAAGUGAAAAUGUCAGUGGUGGUUGUGGUUAUUGGUGUUGGUGUUUGCACUGUAACCGAUGUAAAAGUUAACUUGAAAGGUUUCAUGUGUGCCUGUAUAGCAGUUUUGUCAACAUCUUUACAGCAAAUUUCGAUAGGUUCUCUUCAAAAGAAAUAUUCAAUUGGAUCCUUUGAAUUGCUGAGUAAAACUGCUCCCAUUCAAGCGCUUUUCCUUCUUAUUCUUGGUCCAUUUGUUGAUUACUACCUCAGUGGCAAAUUGAUAACCAACUAUAAGCUAUCUUCUGGUGCCAUUUUAUGCAUUCUUAUUUCAUGCUCGCUAGCUGUAUUUUGCAAUGUGAGCCAAUACCUUUGCAUCGGACGGUUUUCAGCAGUUUCCUUCCAGGUUUUAGGCCACAUGAAAACAGUAUGUGUUCUGACAUUGGGAUGGCUGCUAUUUGAUUCGGAGCUAACUUUCAAGAAUAUCAUGGGAAUGAUUAUCGCAGUUCUUGGCAUGGUAAUUUAUAGUUGGGCUGUAGAGGUGGAAAAGCAGUCAAAUGCAAAGACCUUACCUCACUCCAAAAACAGCAUGACGGAAGAAGAGAUUAGACUAUUGAAGGAGGGAAUAGAAAAGAGUCCUAAUAUGGAUGUUGAACUUGGUGAGGCUCAAGGAUAG